GCCGCCGUGGGGGAGGGGAAGGCGGGGCGCGCUCUGCGAGACACUCUGCGGACGCCCCUCCUCCGUCCGCUUGAACCUUCCUCCCACCAGGAAAUGCGGCUGAAAUCAGGUUAAUGUAUAAUCGAGAAGCGACGUGACGGAACUUCCAAGUGGCUCGCGGCGGCGCCGGGAGCGAUGGGGCGCCCUGAACUGAGAGGAUGCGGGGCGGGAGCUCAGAUCCACCGCCCCUUGCGUCUGCCUCCCGCCCUGCUGCCCACCGAGCUCGGUACCCCCGGACCUCUGGAGGCUCCGAGGCGGCCCAGUAGGGCUACGCCCCCUGCCGGUGGCCUGUGCGCGGUGACUGGUCUGAAAGGCGCCCAGACCGGCCUGGCCGCGUGGGGCAGCGGGACGCCCCCUGCCGUGCAACUGCUGUGUUCUGUCCCGCUGGGGAGCCUUCCACGCCCCCCUCCCUCUGGGAUCCAGCGCUUCUCCAUCUUAACUUGGCUAGUUACAAGGUAUGAACUGAGUCCCAGGGGAACCAAGCCUGGACUACGGAAGACUGAAGGAAAGAGAGAACACACUAUUCUGUCUUCCCGGGACUGGAUCUGCGGUGCACAGGCCAUAGGCCUUUGAGCCAGAAGCUAGAGUGAAAGGUGGGUGGCAGAAGCUCCCCCCAGAGGAGGACCCCACCACCCCGACCCCGGCGGGCUUCAGGAAAAGGGAUCCCAAAAGAAGGAUUGUGACAGUGUGUCAUGGUAAAGUUAUUUGGAGCUGAUUUGAAAAUAGGGGGAGCUGGAGUUGGAGAUUUCUAACUCAGAAGAAAGAAUGAAUUAGAUUUGGAAGAAGCAGAGUUUCUCUUCUGUGUUACCUCCAGAUGGAAAUGAACUGCCAGGGAAGGGGCCGGUGUUACUAGGGCAGGUGGGGUAGUGGCAGUAUGUGCUGCUUGGUGCAUGGGGCCUGGAUUUGUGAAGACCCUACCUGGCCCAAAGUCUUGUUAUCACUCUAGUGCCUCUGUUGACCAGCAAUGGACAACUUCCAGUAUAGUGUCCAGCUCAGUGACCGAGAGUGGGCCGAGUUCUCAGCCACUGCUGACGAGUGUGGCCUCCUGCAGGCUGGCUUGGCCUCUGGUGACGAGCUCUUGUCCAGUGACAUUGACCAAGGGGACAGCAGUGGCAGCAGCCCCCCUGGGCCUCCACCCCUCUUCAUUGGGCAGCUGGAUUCCAGGGGGAGGGGCCAGCAGGGCUGUGAGGUGGAGUACGUGGCCACUCAGCAACUGGUCAGCAGGUCUCAGUGUGAGCCUGUCCUGGCUCAGGGGUCCAGUCAGCAGGUAGCCGGCACGUCCAUACAAUCAGAAGGUCUACUGUUCCUCUGCCCUGACGGUGCCCUUCCUGACCAGGGCUUAUCCCUCCCAGGGUCAGCAACUUCCAGAGACAAGAUGCAGAGGCUUUUGCAGGGACCUGCCCCCAGCCCCUCUGGAGAAUCCUCUCGAAGUCCUGAGUCCCCUGGUCAUAGUGCUACCCCUCAGAGGACUCCUGACAGUCCCGGAGCCUCACUGUGGAGCCCUGGCCGCAAGAAGAGGCGUGCUGUAGGUACAAAGGGGAGCAAGUGCUCAGGACCUCUGGGUCCUACUACUGUCCAGAUGGGCUCCUCGCUGCUGAGUGAGACCAGGCCUGAGGAGGGCCUUGCGACUGGGCCAGAAAAGCUGAUGGCAAAAGACCAGCAAAAUAAGCCAGAGCCAGAUUCUGCAGGUGCUUCUGAACAUGGCUCUAGUACCUCUGAGCAAGUUGCCAGACAAGGGUCAGGCUUGGAUCUGUCUACGCCUGUUCUAAUAACCAAACAAGGUACAGAUCAGAUCAGAAUGACACCAAGAGCUGAGCUACACAUGGUAUCCAAACCUGUCCAGGAGGCUCAUUCAGAUGUCUUCAUUAUCAAGCCAGAUGUGACUCUCUCUAUACCUGUCUCCAAGUCUCAACCAGACACAGCUUUGUCUAUACUCACCUCCAAGCCUCAACCUUACAUGGUUUUGUCAGAACAUACCUCAGAGUCUCAAUCUGACCUAAUUUUGUCUACACAUGCCUCCAAGUAUGACAUACUUUCCUUCAAACUUCAACAAAAUAUGAAUCUGUCUACACCUGCCUUGGAUCCUGAGAAGGUUUUGUCUGCACCUGCCUCCAUGCCUCAACUAGACAAGGCUGAAUCUGUGUCUGCCUGCACACCUCAACUGCAUGUGGACCUACCUGCAGCAGGUCCAGGAAUCAAGACAGAGGUGGAUUCUUCUAUGCCUGCUUCAGUGGUUGUGCUGUGUACUGAUCUGCCUCAUUCUGUUUCCCAGGCUGAGUCUGAAGUGGGUGUGUCUACACCUGCUAUGCCUUUUUUACCCCCUGUUUCCAAGGCUGAAGCUGCAAUGGUGGACACAGAGGUGAUUGUGCCUCCAGGGGAACAUCUAGAGAAGCCAGGAAGGGAGCUCUCACCAGGGACCUCUGGCUACUCCUCGGUGGAGUCCUGCCUAGGUCCUGUCCAAAACCCCAAGAAGAAGAAAGUACGAUUCUCCAUGGCUGUACCCAGCCAUGAGGAAUCAGGGUCAGGGGAGCCUACAGGUCCACCUUCUCUAACCUCAGCCUGGCCACCAGCCCCAAGGACAGCUUCAGGGAGCCGUGGGGGUUCUACAGCCUGGGAUGCUGUGGCUGUUGGGUCCCGCCCUCCCCAGCCCCGGAUCCUCAAGCACCUGCCACCCCCUACCCCCUCUGCCUCAAAAGAACCUGAGCCUAGAAGCUGUUUUGCAGUGACUCUCCCUGAGGCCUAUGAGUUCUUUUUCUGUGACACCAUCAAGGAGGAAGAUGAAGAUGUAGAAGAUGAGGCAGCAGCCAGUCAGGCCCUGGAUGAAGUCCAGUGGCCUGACACAUGUGAGUUCUUUUUCCAGGACUGCCAAGCCCAAAGGUCAAGUUGCCAGAGAGGACACUCUCCAGCCCCACUCCUGAGAGCAGAGGCUGUGGCAGAUGCUCCCCCUGGAGACUUGGUACCUAUCUCCAUCCCUGAGGCUUAUGAACACUUCUUUAGCCAGGAAGGAUUUGAGAGCACACUGCCACCAACUACCUUUCUCCAGCUGCAGACCUCAGAGCUUUCCAGGGAAGUGGGGCCUGAGGCAUUCCCCAAGCCUGCUUCAGAAACAGCAGAGCAACUUGGCUUGAUAGUCAGAGAACCAGGGGAGCUCCGGAGUCCCUUUGCCUCAUUUACCUUCAGCCAGAAUGAUAUGUGCCUGGUGUUUGUCGCCUUUGCUACUUGGGCUGUGAGAACUUCAGAUCUACAUGCCCCAGAUGCUUGGAAAACAGUCUUGCUGGCCAACAUUGGCACCAUCUCUGCUAUCCGCUACUUCCGCCGUCAGGUGAGGCAAGGGCGUAACCACAGCCUAAGCCCCAGUUCCAGCCCAAGCUCCAGCUGCUAGUAGCCAGGCCGGCCUGCUGAAGUACAGGACAUGAAGAUGAACCCAUGUGCCCAGGACAAGGUGCUGCUCUUCUCCUUAUCCUUUGACCCAUCUUCUACGUCAUCUAGGAGAGAACCAGUGUUCUUGGUACUGACUCCCUUGGACUCCACCUGAGGGUCCAGCCAGUGGCUAUUACCAAGUUCACUUACCAUACCUGGGAGAGUAGAGAUUCAGGAUUUUGGUUGAGUGGGCACUGAGGAGGGAACUGGGUAAUAGGGCAUCAGAUUAGCAACUAAAAACUCUGGGGCACCCGGCUCAGUUUGAAUAUACAUGCAAUUCUUGGGAUGUACUUAUUUGAAAAAAAUUGUUAUCUGAAAUCUAA